CUCACUCUCAACUCGGAAAAGGUGGGCGACCAGGAGGAGAGCGAGGUCACAGAAUUAUCGCAGAAUGCUGAGCAGCGGGCACUGGUGAAUCCUGCCAGUCACUCGGGUGAAGCGGGUGCUGGUGCUGGUGGGGAGGUGAAGCAGAUGGUGGUGAUUGACAGCUCCUACCAGUGCCAGUUCUGUCCUGGGAAAUUCGUCACUUACUUCCAGCUGAAGUCCCACAUGAUCCAGCACAAGAACCAACAGGUGUACAAGUGUGUCGUGAAGAAUUGCACUCAGACCUUUGUGAAGCUCGAUGAGUUUGUUGAACACAUCAAGAAUCACGACGAUGAGAUAACAUACCGGUGCCACCUGUGCAGUAAGAUCUUCCCAUCGCUGUAUGAGCUGGGGGUACACCAAUAUUCUCACAACCUCUACCCCCAACAGACCCCCAAGAAAUGCCCCACGUUUUACAGGUGUUCGAGGUGUUUGAGUAAAUAUUCCACACCUGAAGCCCUUGAACAUCACCUCCAGACAGCCUCUCACAAUUACCCCUGCCCGCAUUGUCAGAAGGUCUUUCCAAGUGAGAGGUACCUAAGGAGACAUCUCCCAGUGCACGGUGGAGGAGGAGUGUUCAAGUGUCAAAUAUGUAAAAAGUCGUUCAAAACCGAGCACUAUCUCAAGCUUCACCUUCUCAUUCAUUCUGGUGAGAAACCGUUUAAGUGCACAUUAUGUUCAGCAGCAUUUAAUCGCAAGGAUAAAGUGAAGAGGCACAUGCUAACCCAUGAUCCCGUCAAGAAGUUCAAGUGCCCUUUCAGGGUACACUCUGGUUGUACAAAAGAAUUCAACAGACCUGACAAACUGAAGGCUCAUAUAAUCGCACACUCAGGAAUCAAGCCGUACAAGUGCCAGUAUUGCAGCAAGAGCUUUAGCCGCCGCGCCCACAUGAUGGAGCACCAGCACUCGCAUACAGACACCUACACCAUCCGCUGUGCCCCCUGUGGCAAAGGCUUCACCCGCGAGAAAUACCUCAAGCAGCACCGGUGCGGGCUGUUCGCCGGGCGUGGGGAGGAACGCCAGGCGCGGAAACGGCGUCCCGGUAGCCGCCGGGGCCCCUGCAAACCCAAGAGGGGCCCGUCUGAGAGCCACACUGCCCCUGGGACAGAGGAGGGAGCGGACGGUGGGCAGGCCGGGCAGCGCAGGGAGGAGCAUGUCAUCGUCCUGUCAGAGUCCGAGGAGGCAAAUGCCACCACCAACACCAACCAGAACUGGCUGACCAUCUCCAGCCCAGGCAACAGCACCUUGACCGAGCUGCCCAGCAGUCAGGGGGUAACUAUGGUUACCGUUCCCGUUUACAUCCAAGCCUCGGAAUAACCAGGCUCUGAACGGACCUUUCCACUACAGCACAGACUAGUUUUUUUUAUAUAUAUUCAAUAAAUAUAUGUAAAUAUGAAUAUAUCAAUAGCUGUCUUGACAGAGAGAAUGAUUAAAAACUUUGUACAAAAU